AUCCCCAACUCGCAUCGCCAUCCGUCCGACAAUGUCGCUGAUCCCCCAUGCAACGCUUUCGACCCCUUCUCCCUCGACCUCUGGGACCCUUUUCAGGGCUUCCCGUUCGGUCCGAGCAGCGGCAGCCUCUUCCCUCGCUUCCCCUCCGACUCCGAGACCGCGGCGUUCGCCGGCGCGCGCGUCGACUGGAAGGAGACGCCGGAGGCCCAUGUCUUCACGGCGGACGUGCCGGGGCUGAAGAAGGAGGAGGUCAAGGUGGAGGUCGAGGACGGCAACGUCCUCCAGAUCAGUGGCGAGAGCAGCAAGGAGCAGGAAGAGAAGAACGACCGGUGGCACCGGGUGGAGCGCAGCAGCGGCAGGUUCCUUCGCAGGUUCAGGCUGCCGGAGAACGCCAAGGCAGAGCAGAUCAAGGCGUCCAUGGAGAACGGCGUGCUCACCGUCACCGUGCCCAAGGAGGAGGCUAAGAAGCUCGAUGUCAAGCCCGUCCAGAUCACCGGCUAGGAAGGAAAGAGCACGCGUGGCCUGUGGAGCUCCAAGUACCUGUUCUGGAAACGAAUGCCUUCUGUUUUUUGUCAGGUGUGGUGUGGCCGUGUUUGGUUUGUCCUACUGCAGGAGUAGCAUAAAUUUUGGCUGUUAGUUAUUAGUAUUAAAUGAAGAUAGUUUGUAAAAUUAACUUCACAACUUCUACGUUACGCGAGACGAAUUUAAUGAGACA